AUGCCAUUCUACCUGAUAUUUCUGCUACUACCUGAGACAGUGUCCAAUGUCCCAGUUGGUACAUGUAAGAUCUGUUACCCUUUGCCAAUACGCCACCAGUAUUAUCAGCCAGGGGACCACAUUAUUGCUGGCAUUAUCUCACAAGCCUACAUAUUUUCUGACCCCGUGACUUUCAAUCAACAUCCAUCUCACAAUCUCCUGGAUGAGAUUGGCCAAUUUGGUGCCAGUUGGACUUACCUCGCCACACUGGAGCUUCUCUCCACAUGGAGCAACUUCUUCCCUAACUACAAGUGUGACAGUAAAGAUGACACUAUUGCAGUCAUUGGAGGACCUAACUCUGAUGUGAACUUCUUUAUGGCAACCCUUCUGAGCUUCUACAAGGUACCACAGCUUGGAUAUGGUUCUUCACCUUUGAUUAAUGACCCAUCCCAACAAGCCUUGUUGCAAUGGAUGUUCCCUAGUAGGAACCAACAGUAUGUUGGGAUACUUCAGCUGCUUUUGCUUUUCAAGUGGACCUGGAUUGGUAUCAUUUUUAUGGAAGAUGACAAUAGCCUCUGGUUUGUACAGAAUGAACUUCCCAAAUUUUCCAAGGGCAGCAUCUGCUUUGAUUUCAUAGAACAAUUUCCACCAUUAUAUCUGAAAACUGGCAUCCAUGAAAUGGUAGAAUCCUGGGUGCUUGUAUACCGACUGGCAAUUAAUAGCGUGGCCAGUGUUGUGUUCAUACAUGGUGAAUUUCACAUUGUAAUCUUUAUGAGGAUGUUUCCCAGAAUUUCAGAAAUUGAAGACAUACCAAUGGAGAGAGGGAAAGUCUGGAUGAUGACUGCACAGAUGGAGUUUGCUUCAGUUUCCUUUCAGCGCUUUUGGGAUCUGGAUAUCCUUCACGGUUCCUUAGCCUUUGCAACGCAAUCAAAGGAGCUGGUGGGUUUCCAAAAUUUUCUUCGGAUGAGAAACCCUAACAUGGAGACUGGAGAUGGUUUUAUUAAAGACUUUUGGAAACAGGCUUUUGAUUGCUCCUUCCCCACUUCUUCAGAAGAGGAGAACGCGUGGAAUCACUGCAGUGGGGAGGAGAAACUAGAGGCUCUUCCUAGAUCUGUCUUUGACAUGAGCAUAACUCCCCAUAGCUACAGUGUCUACAAUGCAGUUUAUGCUGUGGCCCAUGCAUUGCAGUCCAUGACUUCAUUAAAGUUCAGACACAGAACUAUGUCAGAGGAAGGACGAAAGAAUCCAGUGCUGUGGCAGUUCCACCACUAUCUACAAAAAGUCUCAUUUAACAACAGUGUUGGAAAAAUGAUUUCCUUUGAUCAGAAUGGGAACUUGGAAGCAGGAUUUGAUAUUAUCAACUGGGUCACAUUCCCAAAUCUAAGCCUACAUCGAGUCAAAGUGGGAAAAUUUGAUUCCAGAGCCCCCAAGGAAGAAGCAUUCAGGGUUUAUGUCAAUGCCAUUAAGUGGCCAAGGAAAUUUAACCAGGCUCAGCCUCUGUCAUUGUGUAAUGAACCCUGCCAUAAAGGUCAGAGCAAGAGCAAGAAGGAAGGGAAGCCAUUUUGUUGUUACGAUUGCCUUCCAUGCCCAAGAGGAAAAGUUUCAAACCAGAUUGACAUAGAUUCUUGUUACCAGUGUCCAGAAGAUCAUUACCCCACCAGAGCCCAGGAUCAGUGCAUUCCAAAAGAGAUCAGCUUCCUAUCUUUCCAUGAGCCUUUGGGGAUCACUUUGACUAUUUUUGCUCUUUUAUUCUCCUCCAUCACAGCUCUGAUCUUCGUGGUCUUUGUUCAGCACAAGGACACUCCCAUCGUCAAGGCCAACAACCGAGACCUUAGCUACACCCUCCUGGCCUCCCUUCUGCUUUCCUUUCUCUGCCCUUUGCUUUUCGUUGGUCGGCCUCAGAGAGCAACCUGUCUCCUUCGCCAAACUGCUUUUGGUAUCAUCUUCUCUGUGGCGGUUUCUUGUGUGGUGGCCAAAACCCUCACUGUGGUCCUUGCUUUCAUGGCCACCAGGCCGAGUUCUCAGAUGAGGUCAUGGGUGGGGAAAAGGCUGGCACUUUUUAUAGUGCUUUCCUGUUCUUUCAUUCAAACUACUCUUUGCACUGUGUGGUUGGUGAACUCCACUCCCUUCCCAGAUCUUGACAUGCACUCUCUGCCUACAGAAAUAGUCCUGGAGUGCAAUGAAGGCUCCACUGCCAUGUUCUACGGUGUCCUGGGCUUCAUUGGCCUCUUGGCCAUGAUCAGCUUUACAGUGGCUUUCCUUGGCAGGAACCUCCCAGACAGUUUCAACGAAGCCAAAUUUAUCACCCUCAGCAUGCUUCUCUUUUGCAGUGUCUGGAUCUCUUUUGUCCCAGCCUACCAGAGCACCAAAGGGAAAUACAUGGUGGCUGUGGAGAUCUUCUCCAUCUUAGCCUCAAGUGCUGGAUUACUGACCCUCAUUUUCUCCCCCAAAGUUUACAUCAUCCUGAUAAGACCUGAGCUGAAUAACAGGCAGCAACUCAUGCAAAAAAUCCUCAUAAAAUGA